AGAGCGGCGGCGGGGAGUCGCGCUAGCGGUAGUAGAGGCUGAUGUUGGAUGUUGUCCCCACUCCUCUGACUCUUCCGCAGGCCAGGGGAGCACUGCGCCCCUAAUCUUGGAGGGGCUUCCAACCUCUGGGGUCCUCCGGGGAAACGUGGGUUAGUCUGGGGUGUAUCCAGGUGCCCUGUCCACUGUGGGCACUCUGGGGAUUCCGGGCCGAGGAAGGGCUCCUGGCACGUGUUGAAAAAGUCGGCAUCCCAGAAGGAAGAUUCUGGGCAGAUAGGCAUCGGGGAAGGUAGUCCCAACCAAUGGGACCGUUUCUGAGCACAUAAGCGUAUUCAGUGGGUGCUAACAAGCGCCUGCUUUGCCAGGCAACUGUGAGCAAAACCGGCUUUGUUCCCGGCCACCGGAAGCUUCGAGGCUGGGGUUCCGGAUCUGGGCGCGCAAUGACAAACUAAGCGCGGAGGACAGGGCCAGGAGCGCCCACCAGGGCGGCGAUCUGGUGGGUAGGUGCAGGGCAAUGGCUGGAAAGGGUCCCUGAAGCCCUGAGCAGAGACCAAAGGGCCGUGCGACUGCAGGAAGGCCAUUUUGCUUGGCUGACAGGCGAAAAACUCACGUGGCUGGAGUAGCAGGGUUGGUGACGACAAGGGUGAAUCCCACUAAGCAUUGCAACUGUUUGCGGUGUGAGGGGUGAGGGGGAUUCUCAUCAUUCUCAGAAUUGCUGUGGAUAAAGGGUUUUGGGUUGGAGAGAGACUGGGUGCACUCAAAGGACUGAAAGAUGGCGACGACACAUUCCCUCAGAGGAUUUACAUUCUGGAAGGGUGGGGACAGGCCCGGGUACAGAUAAGCCCGCAGGCGGCCUCCGGCUCUUACAGUCGAAAGUCUGAUGAGUUAUGCCCAGUCUCCUUCCUCCUCCCGCCGGCAUGAGGUUUGGGGCCCUGUGGAUGAAGGAAGUUCAUGGGAGGCAAACGUGCCUGGGCAAGCAACAGCUGCAGAGAUUCAGUCCCCACGGGGGUUAGAAUCCACACUUAGGGCCUCUGCCUACCGCCUCCAGCAAAUGCCAUCUUGAGGACUAGCGGCAGCAGUAGGUCUUCUCUGCCAGAGAACUGGAAGGCCAGGUUCUUGAGGGCACUGUUACUAACGCGUUUUUUUUUGUUGUUGUUGUUUGUUUGUUUGUUUUUGAGACGGAGUUUCACUCUCGUUUCCCUGGCUGGUGUGCAAUGGCGCGAUCUCCGCUCACCGCAACCUCCGCCUCCCGGGUUCAAGCGAUUCUCCUGCCUUAGCCUCCCUAGUAGCUGCGAUUACAGGCAUGCGCCACCAUGCCGGGAUAAUUUUGUAUUUUUAGUAGAGACGAAGUCCAUGUUGGUCAGGCUGGUCUCAAACUCCCGACCUCAGGUGAUCAGCCCGCCUUGGCCUCCCCAGGUGUUGGGAUUACAGGCUGAGCCACCGUGCCCAGCCUUAUUAAGGCUGUUUUGAAGUGCAGUUGGCUGGAAAGUGGAAGAAUAAUCCAAGAUCUGCAUGCCUCAUAAAAGGAGUGCGAAUGGUUUUGAAAGACAGGAAAGGAAAGGGAGAGAGAAGAAAGAAAGAGAGAGGAAGAAAGGAAGGAAAUCAAAUUCAUAUCCCAGGAAUACACCUUUCAUGACAACAUUUUGGAGAUCCAAUUAACUCUAUUCCUCGAGGGCGUUUUUCCUUGCUGGUAUUUUCAGUUCUAUUAACACUUCUCAAAAAGUGAAAGGAAAAAAUAGUCAACAGGGUUUUUUGGUCUUUAUUCUUUUCUUUCUAUCUCUAGUGAGGGAGAUGUGGGUGAGUGGCUGUCAGCAGGAAAAGGUGAGAGUUCAGCUAUGUUUGCAUCUGAGCAGGAAAUUUCCAAGGAUGAGCAGGGAACUCCAGUGCUGGGCUCAUUGUGAGCCCUGAAUAAGUGAUUGCUCUUGGGUUGUUAGCAGUAUUCUUCACAAAGAUCUGUGUAUACAGUGGUUCCCCUUAUCCACAGGUGAUAUGUUCCAAGAGCUCUAGUGGAUACUUUGUUUUUGUUGUUGUUUGAGGCAGAAUCUCGCUCUGUCACCCAGGCUGGAGUACAGUGGCAAAGUCUUGGCUCACUGCAACCUUCACCUCACGGGUUCAAGUAAUUCUGCCUCAGCAUCCUGAGCAGCUGGGACUACAGCGUGCCACCACGCCCAGCUAAUUUUUGUAUUUUCAGUAGAGACGGGGUUUCACCAUGUUGGCUAGGCUGGUCUCAAAUUCCUGCCCUGAAGUGAUCCACCGCGCCCCACCCCAGUGGAUACUUUGAAACCAUGAAUAGUACCAAACCCUGUAUACACUAUGGUUUUCUUUUUCUAUACAUACAUAAUAAUGAUAAAGUUUAAUUUACAAAUUAGGCAUGGUAAGAGAUUGACAACAAUAACUAGUAAUAAGAUAGAACAAUUACAGCAAUAUAUUGUAAUAAAAGUUGUAUGAAUGUGGUAUCUCUCUCAAAAUAAUUUAUAUUGUAAAUCUUAGCAACCUCAGCAUAUGAUUAUUUUUUCUUUCCUUAAGACAAGAAUUUUUACCUUUUUAUUUUAUGGCUUCUCUUUGCAUAUCUGAAUUUCCAGCAUCUCUACUCUUGUGCUUUAGGGUCAUUAUUAAGUAAAAUAAGGCAUUCUUGAGCACAGGCAACUGCUAUACUACAGUAGUCAACCUGAUAACUGAGAUGGCUAGCUACUAAGGAACUAAUGGGCAGGUAUUGUCUGCAGUGUGGAUAUGCUAGUCAAAGGGAUGAUUCACAUCCUGGGCAGGCCAGAGAGAAAAGGUACAAGAUUUCAUCACACUACUCAGAAUGUCAAGCAAUUUAAAACUUAGGAAUUGUUUAUCUCUGGAUUUUUUUUUGAGACGGAGUCUCGCUCUAUGUCCCAGGCUGGAGUGCAGUGGCGCAGUCUUGGCUCAUGGCAACGUCCGCCUCCAGGGUUCAAGUGAUUCUCCUGCCUCAGCCUCCUGAGUUGCUGGGAUUACAGAUGUGUGCCACUAUGCCCAGCUAUUUUCUUUUUGUAUUUUUAGUAGAGACAGGGUUUCACCAUGUUGACCAGGCUGAUCUCGAACUCCUGACCUCAGAUGAUCUGCCUACCUCAGCCUCCCAAAAUGCUGGGAUUACAGGUGUGAGCCACUGUGCCUGUCCUCUGGAAUUUUUCAUUUAAUAUUUUUGAACCAUGGUUGACCAUGGGUAACUGAAGCAUUGGAAAACAAAACCAUGAUAAAGGGGAACUACUACAUGUAUUGAAAAUCCAGAUCACAGAAUUGUGUGUGUGUGUGUGUGUGUGUGUGUGUUUUGGUCAUGGAAGAGAUCUUAGAGAGUGUCUCCUUUAUUCUCACAUUUCUGAUGAAACCAAGUCAGAAAGAAUAAAGAGACUCACUCGAGGUGAUCUGUGACAGAUCCUAGCCUGGUUACCCCAGCUACAUGAUUUCCAAUGGUACUGAGUCUAACAUUAACAUUAGGUUUAAACAUUAACUUUUGUAGAUCAAGAAUGUCCACUUGUCCUUGGAAAAUUAUUUAGCAUCUCUGCAUUAGGUCCUUAAGACAGGGCCAGUAAUUGUUACCUCAUUGCUGAGAGCAUCCAGUGGCACACAGCAGGGGUUUAGUAACUGCUGGCAUUCCCUGACCAAAUAAGGAAGCUGUUUCUUACCCUCCCUCUUGCUGAUAUGUUUUGUUUUUCUCUGACCUCAGGUUUCUAGAAGCAGGGUAGAACAGAGGGCAGACACCUAGCAGGCUGGUGUUGUUACUAAACAAUGGCAGCUGGUGAGCCAAGGGUGACCAGGGCCCUGAACUCUGUGGCCCCAGCUUUGAGGGAAGCAAAAUUGUUCUCAAUUGUGGAAGAGGAGAAUUUGGACAGCAGAACAAAAAAGGAAGACAGCCUCUUGGAGCAGAUACAUUUGUCACAGGAAGCCACAUCAAACCCUGGGGCCUUUGCUGGGCCUCUCCAUCUGCCCAGUUACUGGGAGGUAGAUAGCCCCAGGAAGGAAUCCAGUCAGGCCUGGGCACCAGGCCAGGAGUGGAUAAAGCUAGAAAGAGACACCACAGAAGAGAAGAUGUUUGAACAGCUGAAGCCAAUCGAACCUGUACAGAAGACGCUCCCAUGGGUGGGCGAGGUAGCUGCCACCCUGCAGGAAGCCAUGAAGAGAGAUUGCUGGAGGGAGGCACGGGUGAAGAAGAAGCCAGUCACCUUUGAGGAUGUGGCAGUGAAUUUCAGCCAGGAAGAGUGGGACUGUCUAGAUGCCAGCCAGAGGGUCCUUUACCAGGAUGUUAUGUCGGAAACCUUUAAGAAUCUAACAUCUGUGGCCAGAAUCUUUCUGCAUAAGCCAGAGCUAAUCACCAAGCUUGAGCAAGAAGAGGAACAGUGGAGAGAGUUUGUCCAUCUCCCAAACACAGAAGGCCUUUCAGAAGGCAAGGAGAAAGAGCUUCGAGAACAACAUCCCAGUCUGAGAGAUGAGGGGACUAGUGAUGACAAGGUCUUCCUUGCAUGCAGAGGGGCUGGCCAGUGCCCCCUAUCUGCCCCAGCUGGGUCUAUGGACAGGACCCGGGUGCUUCAAGCAUCCCAGGCUGGGCCACCCUUUUUUUGCCACACCUGUGGCAAAUGUUUCAGCAGGCGCUCCUACCUCUAUAGCCACCAGUUUGUUCACAAUCCCAAGCUGACUAACAGCUGCAGUCAGUGUGGGAAGUUAUUUCGGAGCCCCAAGUCCCUCAGCUAUCACAGACGCAUGCAUCUUGGGGAGAGGCCCUUCUGUUGCACGCUCUGUGACAAGACCUACUGUGAUGCUUCUGGACUAAGUCGUCACCGCCGCGUCCAUCUGGGUUACCGGCCCCAUUCAUGCUCUGUGUGUGGGAAGAGCUUCCGGGACCAGUCUGAGCUCAAACGCCACCAGAAGAUACACCAAAACCAGGAGCCAGUGGAUGGAAACCAGGAGUGUACUUUGAGGAUUCCAGGCACCCAUGCUGAAUUCCAGACACCCAUCGCCAGAAGCCAGAGGUCCAUCCAGGGGCUUUUGGAUGUGAACCAUGCACCAGUGGCCAGGUCCCAGGAACCCAUAUUUAGAACUGAGGGUCCUAUGGCCCAGAACCAGCCAUCUGUACUUAAGAACCAAGCACCUGUGACCAGGACCCAGGCACCCAUCACUGGAACCUUCUGUCAGGAUGCCAGAUCCAACUCUCAUCCAGUGAAGCCCUCAAGACUCAAUGUCUUCUGUUGCCCCCACUGUCCUUUGACUUUUAGCAAGAAAUCCUAUCUCUCCAGACAUCAGAAGGCCCACCUCACAGAGCCGCCCAACUACUGCUUCCAUUGCAGCAAGUCUUUCAGCUCAUUUUCCAGGCUGGUCAGACACCAGCAGACCCACUGGAAGCAGAAGAGCUACCUUUGCCCUAUCUGUGACCUCUCCUUUGGGGAGAAAGAGGGCCUUAUGGAUCACUGGAAGGGCUAUAAAGGCAAGGAACUGUGCCAGAGCAGCCACCAUAAAUGCCGGGUGAUCCUGGGCCAGUGGCUUGGCUUCUCUCAUGAUGCCCCCACUAUGGCUGGGGAGGAAUGGAAGCAUGGAGGUGAUCAAUCUCCCCCCAGGAUCCACACCCCCAGGAGAAGAGGCCUAAGAGAGAAGGCCUGCAAAGGAGACAAAACAAAGGAGGCAGUGAGCAUCUUGAAACAUAAAUAAAUGGCCUUUCUGUCUGAGCUCUUUCUUUGUGUUUGGUUUUCCUGAGGACUGACCUCUGGGGUAAUGAGGCUGGAGUAGACGGAGACAGGUGCGUGGAUAAG